GGGAGGGCGGCGGAGGCAAGGUAGACCGACCGCAGCUGCAACGACCGGCUUGCUUCAGGCCCAUCCCAACCGGACCCCCACCGCCGCCUCUCCAGCCGCAGCAACUCCAACCGCACCAGCAGCACCAAUUCGCCGUACAGGGGCUGUCGUACAGCCUCUCCGCGGCGGCGCAAGCGGCGCUAGCGGCGCAGCUGCAGCAACAGCAGCAGCGUCAGGUCGCCGCCGCUGCCGCCGUCGCUGCCAGCCCACAGCAGCAAGCUAAUGCGGCGGCGGCGGCGCAGCUGCUUGCUCAGCAGAUGCUGCUGCAGCAGGCGGCAGCCGCGGCGGCGGCGGCAGCGCAGCAGCAGCAGCAGCUGCGGGGUUCGGAGCCCGCGGAGGCGGGGGCCACCUCGGCGGCGGCUGUGGCGGCUAAGCUGGCGGCUGCUGCGGCGCCGGGUCGGGGGGGCACCGCUAACGCUACUGCAGCAGCAGGGGGGCCACAGCAACCGCAGUUAGCAGGUCUGGCCCAAGCGCUCAGUGACCCCGCCGCGGCUGCUCAGCUGGCAGCGGUGCUGCUGCGGAGUACGGCAGCGCAGCAGCAGCAGCUGUUGCAGCUGGGUGUGCAGCAGCAACAGCAGGCGGCGGCGGGGGGAACAGCAGCAGGAGGAGGAGGAGGAGGGACGACCAUGGAUGCUUUGACGUCGGUGUUGGUCCAGCGGUUAGCGCAGCAACAGCAGCAACAGCAACAAGGGGCGCAGCAGGCGAGUCAGUUGUUAGCGGCGGCUACAUUGCUCAAGCAGCAGCAACAACAACAGCAGCAGCAGCCGUUGCAGCUGCAGCUUCAGGCAGCAGCGGCAGUAGCGGGGGGAGCAGGUGCAGCAACAUCCACAACGGCGGCGCAGCACCAACAGCAACAACUCCAACAGCUCCUCCUUCAACACCAACGGCACCAACAGCAACAACAGCUGCUACAACAGCAGCAACAGCUCCUCCUACAACAGCACCAACAACACCAGCAGCAGCAGCGGCAACAACAGCAGCAGCCGCCUGCGGACCUGCAGCAUGCGUUGUUGCUGCAGGGGCAUGCAGCAGCCGGCAUGAACCCUUCCGCGGUGCUGCAGGCAGCUCUGCGACAGCAACAAGAGGGGCUCGUUUCGGCGGCUGCGGCAGGCGUCGGGGCAGGAGGAGGAGGCGGAGGGGGAGAUGUGAACAUGGCCGAUGCGGGGACAUCGUAGGGCUAUCGUAGUGCUGGGGUAGGUAGGUUGGACUGGAUUGGAGUGGCAGCACAGUGGUAGGAGAGCGGGCGGGUAGUGCAUGGCGGGGGAGUUGGGUUGGUGGGUCAUUGGGUAAGGGGUUGCGGAGGCGUUUUCGUGAGGGUUGAAGAGGAACAGGUAGGAGUACAUAGGAAUUGUAUGGUGGCCCAGGAGGGGGGUGGCUGCAUUGCAGACAUGGUUUCCUUUAGACGUGGAGCACAGCAGCAGCAGUAGCGAUGGAGGAUGGACUUUCGUCGGCAUAUCCCGAACCCGCACGCAUGCGUGUGGGGUCUGUGUGACGGACUGGCGCACAUUACCGGUAGCGACACAAGGAAUAUGCUUGGACAUCUAGUUGUGUGUUAUAGGCCAACUGGGUCCCCAGUGGGGAAUGGCUUUGCUUUAAGAGAUGAAAACAAGUCCCUCUGGAAGGGGGCAGCAUACCAACGGAGCAGGAGCCUUCCGUGUGUCUUCUAGGGGUUCGUUGCUGCGGCGGGUACACCAUGCAGGAAGGCGCCAUGGAGUCUUAGGUUGCACCCACGACCCAGGGGAUUUGCAGGAAACCGCUGAGCCACUUUACAGGGAGAAGCAACAAUGGUCAAAACAUGCGCAGGGCCCUGAAACACCGCUGUGUAGCUGUUGCGGUGUUCGGCAGCCGUUGCAUGCGCCCCCCUACAACGGCAGCUCCACCAGUGGCGGCACCAGCGGAGAGGUGGCAGCAUGGCGGGAUCUGCUGGUGGUGGGGCGAGGCACGCCUCAUCAACAGGACAGGACAGGAGAUGACGGCUGCGUGGAGGGGCGCCCUCUGGGACAGCGCCACAUGUUGUGACUUGGUAAUGCGAAGCGGCGGUCGCAGUUAGGGAGGCACAUGGGCAGGAGGCGCGCGCGGCGCGCGCGGGAAGGG